AUGACCAUAAUUUCAGGUCAAGGGCUCCGACCCAAGUCUACCACACCUUUCUCGUCCGACAAAAAUGCCGACCUGGAAAGCACGCAAAUUCAAGAGCAGGCGGUGCCGAACAACGUCUCAGUUAUUAAAGGGCUAGGAUGGCUUGAUCGUUUCCUCGCCCUCUGGAUCCUCCUCGCUAUGGCGAUUGGUAUCCUUCUCGGUAACUUCGUUGAAGAGACCGGACCAGCACUCCUAAAGGGCAAGUUUGUAGGAGUAUCUAUCCCUAUCGCCUUGGGCUUGCUCGUCAUGAUGUAUCCCAUUCUGUGCAAAGUGCGCUACGAGACUUUACAUCGCCUGUUUCGCACUCGCGCCCUCUGGGUACAGAUCGCCUUCAGUAUCAUGAUGAACUGGAUUGUCGCUCCACUGCUCAUGCUCGGUCUUGCGUGGGCUUUCCUUCCUGAUCAGAGCGACCUACGGACGGGACUGGUAUUGGUUGGGUUGGCACGAUGCAUUGCCAUGGUCCUUAUUUGGAACGGGCUCGCCGGCGGCGACGACGAAUAUUGCGCCAUAUUAGUAGCAGUUAACUCUAUUCUCCAGAUGAUACUUUAUGCCCCCCUCGCCAUCCUCCUUAUCAAGAUUAUUAGCCGCGAAACAGGCACCGUCGCUGUCUCCUAUGAAACAGUAGCCACUAGUGUCGCUGUGUUCCUCGGUAUACCUCUUGGGGCCGCCAUCUUGACACGCCUUUUGCUUCGUAAGCUGGCAGGCGCGGAGUGGUAUGAAAAGGUGUUCCUCAAGUGGCUUGCUCCAUGGUCACUCAUCGGUCUUCUAUACACCAUCCUCGUUCUCUUCGCGUCUCAAGGUCGCCAAGUCGUUCACCAAAUCGUCUCCGUCGUUCGGACCGCCGCACCAUUGAUCGUAUACUUCGUUGUCAUCUUCUUCUUUACACUCCUCGUGUGCAACAAGCUUGGGUAUGGAUACAAAUUGGGAGCGACUCAGAGUUUUACAGCUGCGAGUAACAACUUUGAGCUUGCUAUUGCUGUUGCCGUGGCUACAUACGGUCCCAACAGCGAUCAGGCACUCGCUGCAACAGUAGGACCUCUCAUUGAAGUUCCUGUGUUGAUCGGGUUGGUAUACUUGGUGAAAUGGAUGGGUAAAAGGUGGGCUUGGAAGAGGGUUUAG